AUGACAGUUCAUUUAUUUGGGGCUACGUCUUCUCCAAGUAUAGCAAAUUUUGCAUUGAAAGCUACUGCUGAAGAUUAUGCAUGGCAAUGUGGAAUAGAAGCUGCCUCCUUUGUUAAAAAUGAAUUUUAUGUAGAUGAUGGGUUAACAUCUUUACCUACAACAGCAGAAGCCAUAGCUUUAAUCAGAAAUAGUAAAGCAUUAUGCUCUAAGGGUGGCUUCAAAUUGCACAAGUUCUUGUCAAAUAAGAAAGAAGUUCUAGAAGCAAUAAGCUUAGAAGAAAAGGCUAAAAGUUUAAAGAACUUAGACCUCUCUAGUGAAGCCUUGCCAAUAGAGUGA